AUGUCCCUUUCGCUCCUCAGCCGCCACGACGUCGAACGAUGGCUUCCAGAUCCCGUCUCUUCGAAGAGUGGCGGUUUCAUCGCAAAGCUAUUCCUCACCAUACACCGCUCGAUGAGUUGUCUGCCCAAAGGCCCUCUCUGUACAAAAUCUGGAACAACACGGAAUUCGCGAAAUGAGCUUGAGCGCUUUUUUCUCUGGGGUCAAGGCCUCUCCGUCUUGGACGGCGAUUUGGAUGACACCCUAGCGCACGCCAAGGAGCUUCACGAUGAGGUCCUGACCCUGUUGCUCAGGCUUGGGACAUCGGUGCUCCAGUGUCUCUCGAGAGAUUCGGGCGGAGCUCUCAAGGAAGUCGGCGAGCACUGCGAUGAUUUGAAGCGAUUGCUGGACGCUGCGGAAUCCUUACUUCGUGACGAAGAUGACGAUUCAAUCGAGACCCCAGAUGAAGACGCAUUCUCAAUAUCAGACACAUCCGAAUAUGGGGCAGCAGAGAUACUGGACGAGAUCGCGGUCUACAUUGACUGCCUCCUAGACCUCUGCUCCGUCUUGGAACAGCCAGCCCUCGACGUCCAUCUCGAACAAGAAGAGACAGAGGCGUCUAGCAAACAAGAACAAUUUGACGUUUCCAGUGAAGAAGCUCUCAUACAUUGCAGAAGACUGCGGGAUCGCUUUGAGGAGCUGCCAAAGUAUCUUGUAGAGCGCCUGGCUGAAACGAAUGUCCUCCGAUCUGCCAGGCUCCGACAAAACCUUCUCUUCUCCAACACGGAUCCGCGUGUCGUCACGGAUACUACCAAGUCUUCGGUCCCUCCACCCUCUGUCUUCUCGAUAGGGUCUCGGAAGCAAUCAUGGUCGAAGUCGCCUGUCGAUUUUCCUGAUAAUGAGUCCGAGGCAACCUUCGCUACAUUCUCGACAGCCGCCUCGGCGAUCUCUCAAGGACGGCCGCGAGUACCGCCAAAGCCUGAGGCAAGAGACGGCAUCAUAGAAUGUUCCAUUUGUUUAGAGGGUCUGUUACCGAGUGAUGCAGAGGACGGAGUCACAAAACUGGACUGGAGGAAACAUGUCUUCCGGGAUCUUAUGCCCUACUUGUGCGGUAGUAUUCACGGCCAAUUCUACGACCUCCUGAAAAUAUUCGUGUACGUUGGCUUCCCGCCGACCGCCAAUUAUCUCUUUCUGGGAAACUACGUCGACUUCGGUCCGCUAAGUAUCCAGACGAUCUGCCUCCUCCUAGCCUACAAGAUCAAAUACCCCAAGAACUUCUUCCUUCUUCGAGGCAACCACGAGUGCGCCCGGAUGAACCGCAACUCUGGCUUAUAUGCCGAGUGCACUAGGCAGUACGAUGCUGAUUUAUGGAGAGUUUUCAACGCCAAUUUCGACUCCAUGCCGGUGGCCGCUAUCAUCGACGAAAGGAUUUUCUGUAUGAAUGGUGGUCUAAGCCCGGACCUCGAUUCCUUGCAGCAGAUUCGAGACAUUCAGCGACCCACAGAUACCAUCAUACCGAAGGUCCGGAAGACUUUCGGGGGAGAUCCACCCGCGCCGGAUGCGGAGUCCUUAGACGCACCGACGAGCCCCGCUUCUGCCGAGGGUGCGGCCGCGCCGAAGCCCUCGGAUUCAGUUCCAGAGCCUCCAAAGCCGCAGGAUCCCAGUGCCGAUGAUGAAGCUCGCCCGCAGCUUAUCCGGCGGGUACCAAGAGAGAUCGUCUUUGGCGAGAUCGUCCCUCGCUUGCCCCGAGCGCACACGUUUAAAAGACAAAUGGUUGAGACCCGAGAGAACCUAGAGCCUGUCCAGCCCACACCUGCUGAGGAACAUGCUCUCUCUAGGCGGCAUGCAUCUCAGAUCAUCUCAAAAUACCCCUCUAAUCCGGAGAGCGUAGAUGAGAUGGCACCGUCGAGCGAGACCCAGAUGAAGGCCCCCUCAAUCAGCAAACGGUAA